UAUAUAGCCAGAGAGGCUAGCAGAGGUCUCCUGGCAGCCAUCAUGAAGGUCUUAGUCUCGCUCUGCGUCUUUGUGCCCCUGCUGGCACUGGCCACAGCAGAGGAGGAAGCCGUCCUGGAAUCCAUCCUGAGAGACAGAUCUCACAUCGAGGAAACUCUGAGGCUCGCGGCGGAUGAGAAAGCAGGAGAUUAUGCUGCUGCUCUGCAGAAGCUGAGGAAGAUCUACCACAGCUCCAUCAGGCCCAUGGAGCAGGCCUACAAGUACAACGAGCUGAGACAGCAUGAGAUCUCAGCCUAUCCUGGACGCACGCUGGGGGACUCUGCCACAGAUGGAGAAAUCACCUCCAAACCCAUGGUGCUGUUCCUCGGACCCUGGAGCGUGGGCAAGUCCUCCAUGGUCAACUAUCUGUUGGGUUUGCAGGACACCCCUUACCAGCUGUACACGGGUGCUGAGCCCACUACCUCAGAGUUUACCGUCAUCAUGCACGGUGAGAAGAUUCGCACGGUGGAGGGCAUCGUCAUGGCUGCCGACAGCUCUCGCUCCUUCUCCCCGCUGGAGAAGUUCGGACAGAACUUUUUGGAGAAGCUGGUUGGCAUCGAGAUGCCCCACAAGCUCCUGGAGAGGGUCACAUUCGUGGAUACGCCUGGAAUCAUUGAGAACCGCAAGCAGCAGGAGAGAGGUUACCCAUUCAACGACGUGUGCCAGUGGUUUAUCGAUCGUGCAGACCUCAUUUUCGUGGUUUUUGAUCCCACCAAGCUGGACGUCGGUCUCGAGUUAGAGAUGCUCUUCCGGCAGCUAAAAGGUCGGGAGUCCCAGAUCCGUAUCAUCCUCAAUAAAGCCGACAGUUUGGCGACCCAGGACCUCAUGCGUGUCUACGGCGCCCUCUUCUGGAGCCUGGCGCCCCUCAUUAAUGUAACCGAGCCCCCGCGGGUCUACGUCAGCUCCUUCUGGCCCUACGACUACGCGCCGGACACCAGCCGAGACCUCUUCAAACGUGAGGAAAUAUCCUUGCUGGAAGACCUGAACCAGGUGAUCGAGAACCGUCUGGAGAACAAAAUCGCCUUCAUCCGCCAGCACGGCAUCCGCGUUCGCAUUCACGCCCUCCUGGUGGACCGCUACGUGCAGACCUUCAAGGAGAGGAUGAGCUUCUUCAGCGACCCUGAGCUGGUCUUCCAGGAGAUUGUGGACGAUCCUGACAAGUUCUACAUUUUCAAGUCUAUCCUGGCCAAAACCAACGUCAGCAAGUUCGACCUGCCCAACCGAGAUGCUUACCGUGACUUCUUCGGGAUCAAUCCGGUGAGCAGCUUCAAGCAGCUGUCGUCCCAAUGCUCCUACGCGGGCGGUUGUCUACUGGAGAAGAUCGAGCGCGCCAUCACCCACGAACUGCCCUCUCUGCUCGGCAGCAUCAACUCCGGCAAGAAUCCAACGCUGUCCUCCUGCGAGGCCACCGGCUGCGGGGAAAAGCCCAAGAACCGCUACCGGCGAAACUGAGAGAAGAAAACCAAGCGGGAGGGAGACCGAGGAGGAGGGGGACGAGAAAGGAGCCAAGGUGGAGCGAACAAACCGAGGAGGAGCAGUGGAGCUAAUCCUGUUCCUGCCACGGGUCCGUUUCGAGUCAAUGGAGACGGAUCUCACAGGACUUGUUUUUUUUUUUGUUUUUUUUUGCGUGAAGGGGUUGUGUGUGGGGACGUUUUAAGGGCAGGGGAUUCUGGGAAUGGGUGGAGGGAGGUUCUUGUGAAGUCUUGAGGCGGAGUUUCUUGUGAAUGUGAGGAGAGCGCGCCAAAAUAACUCUCUUCUCUUUCCGCACUACUUUUAUAAACGGUCUGCAGUUUUGGAGGGAAAAUGUGUACGCAUGGAGAACAAAAAUGGCUGACA